UGUAACCCUUUGUAGAGUACGUCAGUCAAAUCAGGUGGAGGGGUUCCCGUGUCAUCUACCUCGCGUCCCCGCGCGUCUUCCCAUCUUCUCUCCACCUCUCUCCACCACCUCUACCUACUACCUCACCACAUAUAUGGCGACUCCCAACCCCGUCACCACCAUGACGCCCGACAGUCCUACCAGUCCUACGGGCAGCAAACGCUCCGCAUCCUCCACCGCCGAAGAGAUGAGCGAGCUGAUCCACAAGGCGAAGGCGUCCCGCGUCAGCCCGCCCUCCCGCAACGACGACGACGACGAGUCUAUUGAGGAGCUGCUUGAGAAGCAGCUCAACUGCUCGAUCUGUGCGGAGCUGUAUCUGGACCCGGUUUUGGUCUUGCCAUGUUCGCACAAUUUCUGUGGAUCAUGCGCGGCCCGUUGGCUGGAAACGAAUAACACCUGUCCGUCGUGCCGUGGAAAGGUCGUUGAGACUCGUCCCAACUCCGGAGCGCAGGAGAUGGUGGGGUUGUUGCUGCGCAAGUUUCCAGAGAAGGCACGGCCGCAGGAGGAGCUUGACGAGCUGAAGGCGAUCUACAAGCCAGGCGACAAGAUCAACAUCUGUUCCGACUCAUCCCCCUCAUCUGAAGACGAAGAAGAACUCGAUGACGAGCCAUGGGACAACCACUUCUGGUGGAGACCGUGUCCCACGUGUGUUACGCCCAACCCGUACGGUUACGUAUGCCCGGACCCGAUCCCACCCAUUGACACGUACCACCACGACUACAGCAGCAUAUUCCAUGCACACGUAAAAUGCACGUUCUGCGAACGGGCAACGCCAACCGACUGGAAGCCGUACAAAUGUUCCGUCUGCUCCGACAUCAGCUGUGGCGCCAUGUUCACCUGCAUCAACGAGACUUCCUACAUCACCGCCGUGCCAGAUCAGAGGUUCUUCUCCGUCAGCGAUGAUCGUUCAUGGCCGUUUUUCAACGCCGUCGAGAAGGCGCGGCUACAGGACCUCCGCGAAACUCACCCCGAAGAGCUGAGCUGGGAAGAGAUUGGCAAGAUGAUAGUGGAUCACAUACUCAUUCCCUCGAACGAGCUGAGACGGGAACAAACCCUCUGUCGGGGAUGCGCGAGGAACAUCUUUGAGGGCGCGUUAAUGCGCUGGUGGAUUUGGUAUCAGAAGCAGCACGGAAUCAAGGAUGAUAGGGUUAAAUGCUGGUACGGGUUUCAGUGUAGGACACAAACGCACAGUCGUAGUCAUGCGGAGAGGCUCAACCACGCGUGUGAAGCCACCCCGCUAACGGAAAGGGUCAAUGACGCCCCGAGGGUCUCGUCUUCGUCUACGCCUGCCAUUGGCGCUCCACCGGCCUCGUCUACGCCUGCUGCUGAUGCUCCACUGGCCUUGUCUACGCCUGCCAGUGAUGCGCCGGUGGCUGCUACGUUCGGCUCCCCCACGCAUGACCCCGCAACGCCUAUGCCUCUUCCCAACAUCGAAGAACCACUUCCUUCAUCUAGCACCAACGAAGCACAACAAGAACUCGCCGCCGCUUAUGCCAUAGCGAGUAUCACAGGAGGGGGAGAGAUGCAAGGUGACGAGGAGCCUACAGAGGUUAGGGGAUAGUUUGUUGUGAGACACAUUUUUAGUAAUUGAAUGGAUAUCACUUGGGUAAUAAAGUCGCUGGGCACAGGUUG